AUGCCUCAGGAACAGUAUGCCCAGAGAAGCACCAUGCAGAGCUCAGAAGGACCACAUGUGUACAAAGUGGGGAUUUAUGGUUGGCGGAAGAGGUGCCUCUAUUUCUUUGUGCUACUUCUAAUGAUUUUAAUCCUGGUGAACCUUGCCAUGACCAUCUGGAUUCUGAAAGUUAUGAAUUUCACAAUUGAUGGAAUGGGAAAUCUAAGAAUUACAGAAAAAGGUUUAAAGCUAGAAGGAGAUUCGGAAUUCUUGAAACCUCUCUACGCCAAAGAAAUCCGGUCCAGGACAGGCAACCCUCUGUACUUCCAGUCUGCUCAGAAUGUUACAGUGAACAUUCUCAAUGAGGAGAGUAAAGUUCUUACACGUCUGGUAACAGGUCCCAAAGCAGUGGAAGCCUACAGCCAAAAAUUUCAAGUGCUAACCACUUCAGGGAAAUUGUUAUUUUCUGCAGAUGAUAAUGAAGUGGUCGUUGGAGCAGAAAGACUGAAAGUUUUAGGAGCAGAAGGCACAGUGUUCCCCAAAUCUAUAGAAACUCCUAAUGUCAGGGCAGACCCCUUCAAGGAACUAAGACUUGAGUCUCCGACACGCUCUUUGGUGAUGGAGGCUCCCAAGGGAGUUUUGAUUAAUGCUGAAGCUGGCAACCUGGAAGCAACGUGCAGGACGGAGCUUAAGCUGCAAUCCAAAGAUGGUGAGAUAAAGUUGGAGGCUUCAAAAAUCAAACUACCUAGAUUGCCUCAGGGAUCCUACUCCCCUUCUGGAUCCAAUCAAAAAAUCUACGAGCUGUGCGUAUGUUCCAAUGGGAAGCUGUUUCUGUCCCAGGCUGGAUCUAGCUCCACCUGCCAGAUAAACCCAAGUAUCUGCCUUUGAAAGAGACUGUUUGCAGCAGACUUCAUGGCAAGACAGUUAAGCUGCCACUUAAUUUUGCUAGAACACAGAAAGCCUAUCAAAGACUUGUGUGUAUGUUUUGGGGGGUGCGUGUGCGUGCACGUGUGUGUGUGUGUGUGUGUGAAUAUAUAAAUAUAUAGAUAUAUAUAGAAAUAAGUAUAUAUAGAUAUAUAUAUCCUUUUCCAUAAAAACGAGGUUUCAGUACAAGAAAUUCCAGGGUGAUCCUCUUGGUGUAGCAUUUAUCAUUCCUGCAUCAAAAUGUAAGAACUAUGAGUGAACUGGAUGCAGAUCCUUUCCAGAGUAUUCAGAUUGUUGAACGUAUGUCUCCAUUUGUCAAGGGUUUUCAAGCCUCUCCAAAUUUAAAGGCUAGUUCACAUGUAACAUUUAAUCUACAUAACUCUAAGAAGAAAUUCUAUCAUGUCACAAGAUACUGCACCCAGGUUUAAUCUGCCGUGUGUAAAGGCACUAGAUCUGCAAUUGCGGUUUCCCCAGCUGUCUAGGAAAGGGAGAUAGAGAGAUUACAUUUAUAUGAUGCUGAACACAGAUUCCUGUGCUGUUGGUUCAUCUGUGGACAUAUAGAUAGAUAUCUGUAUCUGUGGAGAAAGAGUAUUGUGUAUAAAGACAACCUAAACAUGAAACCAAAAAAGCAAAGGCAGCACUCCUCGUGAAAGUAACAGACCAAAAAGGAAGGUAGAAUAUAUUCAAGCUACAAGUAAAGUUCUUCAGUAAACAGAAGAAUAGAGCGAGUUUAAAACAUAUAUAAAACAAACCACUCUUGGAGUGGUUUACAGAGUCUGCAUAUUGAUCCAAAUAAUCUGGGUCUGCAUUUUACCAAUCUUGGAAGGUUGAGACAACUUUGAACUCCAGACUGUGAGCAGAGUUAACCUGCAACGAUGCAUUCUAACUACUGUACCACCAUACAUCAUAUAAUCAGAAGAGGCUUCAAGAAGGGCCUGGGAAUGGUGUC